AAAAAACAAAGACUUGGAAUAGUAUUUGAGAGUUGGGUUGGAUCCAGAUCCAAUACACACGCAACAACUUAGCGGUUCAAAUUCAACACAGUUUUGGCAUUAACCCCCCCCCCCCAAUCCUCCUCUCUCUCUCUCUAAUCUAAGAAGAAAAAAAGAAAAAAAGAAAAAAUUAUCGAUGAACACGGAAGAUCAAGAGCACUCUCACCUCCGGCCCGGGGGACGGCAGCACAAUCAGAAAAGAUUUACGGCAAUGGCGGCAUACAAGACAUUGAGUACACCAAAGGGUUAUUUGGUGCUGAUAAUCCUAUCAUUCAUCCUGGGUUACAUAACCCACUCACAGACCCAGACCCAGACCCAGACCCAGACCCAGAUUCCACCGGAUGUAAGCGAUUUAUCCGAACACAACAAAUUCCCUAAUAAGUGCAAACAUCCAGUCCCCUCAAACCACGUCCGCCAAACAGUCCUUGACCGUGUCUUCAACGGCACUUCCCCUUUUCAAGGUUUCCCUCCUCCCCACAUCACCUCCCUCCUCUGGGAGGAUUGGGCCAAAGGCUGGGGAUCCAACGCCCCCGUUUUCGAGCACCUCAUCAAUCAGGUCAGGCCCAGGGUCAUCGUCGAAGUCGGCACUUUUCUCGGUGCAUCUGCCACACACAUGGUCGGUUUGACUCGGAAACUCGGUCUCGACACUCAGAUUAUCUGCAUCGACGACUUCCGUGGUUGGCCCGGCUACUACGACGAGGAGAAGAGCCUUAAAAUGGUUAACGGUGACAGUUUGCUCAUGUUCCAAUUCAUGCAGAACGUUGUCAAGGCAAACGCCACUGAUUCAAUCUUGUUUCUUCCAUUCUCUGCAUCGACGGCGCUGAAUGGACUCUGUGAUUGGGGGGUGUACGGUGAUCUUGUGGAGGUUGACGCUGCACAUGAUUUUCACUCAGCCUGGGUUGACAUCAACAACGCCUACAAGAUAUUGAGGCCAGGUGGUGUUCUUUUCGGUCAUGACUAUGCCUGGGAAGGUGUUCGUUACGCUGUACAUUCUUUUGCUCGACUCAAUGGUUUCCAAGUCAAACUUGACGGAGAGCACUGGAUUUUGUAUUGAUCAUCCCAUCCGCGCCUGUCAUGUUGUUUCAUUCCGGCCACUUGCAAUUUGUUUUUCAUCUUAAUUAUAAUGUUUUAAUUCUAAUUUCUCAAACACAGACAGACGGAUAGAGAGAGAGAGAGAGAUAUGAGUGCGUAGUAAUGUUGCGCUUGCUUAUGAUGAUGACGACGACAAUUAUAUUUUGCUCUGUUGGAAUUUACUUUCAUUCGAAUAUACGGAUGGCCUUUUUGUGGCAGAUAUUACCCAUUAAUUAAUGAUUUUCUUUUUCUUUCAA